AUGAACCUCGCCAGUCAAGGUGGUGAUCCCCUCAGCGGACUUUACUUUGUGAAUUUCAAUCAGGACUGCUCGUCUUUGUCGGUGGGAACAAAAAAAGGCUACAGGCUUUUUUCGCUAAAUUCAGUGGAUGAUAUUGAUGAAGAAAUUCAUCGAAAUGACAAAGAGGAGAUCUGCAUUGUCGAACGCCUAUUCUCGAGCAGUUUGAUCGCGAUUGUGGGACUCUCUUCUCCACGAAAAUUAAGAGUAUGUCACCUGAAAAAAGGAACAGAAAUAUGCCAGAACAGCUAUUCCAACACAAUCCUCUCCGUGAAGCUGAACCGUUCGCGACUGGUGGUUUGCUUGGAAGAGGCUAUCCACAUCCACAGCAUGCGGGACAUGAAAGUUCUCCACACCAUCAAAGACACUCCUCCGAACCCAACUGGAUUGUGUGCCUUGUCACCGCACAGCGACAACUGUAUUUUAGCUUAUCCCGGGGCCAGUCACGCUGGUGAAGUACAAAUUUUCGACACCGUGACCAUGGUGAGAACGGAUUUUGGUGUAUUUAUUCAACAAGUCAAGAUGAUGAUUCCAGCCCAUGCUGGUCCGCUCGCGGCGCUCAGCUUCGAUACGCCUGGAAAGAAGCUUGCAACGGCUUCUGAGAAAGGCACGGUGAUUCGAGUCUUCAACGUUGCCGAUGGGACGAAGUUGUUCGAGUUUCGCCGAGGGAUGAAGCGAUGUGUUUCGAUUUACUCGCUGGCCUUCAGUCCGGAUUCGUUGUUCCUCUCGGCGUCGUCCAACACGGAGACCGUUCAUAUUUUCAAGCUGGAACAGUUUUCUCGGGUCCUGACUGCGUCUGCCUCGUACCUGCCGACCCAGGUUACUGAGGUUUUCUCGCAAGGCAGAGACUUCGCAACCGUCCACUUACCGUACGGUAAUGUGAGAAAUAUCUGUGCUUUCACUGUGUUGGAUGGACUCGGAGAUGAUAAACCCGGACUGCCAUACAGUCAUGGAGAUUCGGACCGGUUCCGGGAACUAGGCGCUGCAGCGGAACAACCGCCUCCGUCUCUGCUCAAGAUCCACGACGACGACGAAUUUCCUCCGAUGGGAUCCCAGGUUGCGGAAUGA